AUGGCGUCCAGAAUUCGAACAAAUCAAGAUCAAAUUAUAGAAAAUCAAGGGGCAAUGAACCAGACACUGACUGAAAUAAGGAAUGCAAUUGAACAAAAUGGAGAUCUAGUAAGACCAGAGCUGAAUAACAUUAUUUUAAAUCAAGAAAACAUAAUGGGAAGGCAAGAACAAAUAGAGGAAAGUCAAGAACAAAUAAAGCAAUGUCAAGAUGAAAUGAAAAGAAAGAAGAGAAAAAUGAAUAAAGAAGUAGACAAUAUAAAAGGUGAUAUCGAAGGAAUAAAAAGAAAACAUGAUGAAAUAGAUGUUAAAGUGAAGCAGAUCAAGGUAAGACCAGAAUACAGAAAUAUCACGAUGUAUGGCUAUUCAACAUUAAUUUAUUACCACUAGAUUUUGGGCUACUAGGUUUUGAGCAUUAAUCGCAUCAUCUUGCGCUUAAAUCGUAUCACUUCUAAACCAAUGAGAUUGAAGCUCUGCACUAAGAGAACCAAUCAAAUAAAAUCAUAGAAUAAGAAUUUAACUAGCCAAUCAAUUGUAAUGAGGCGAAGCAAUACACGAGCGUAUGAGUGUUAUAUAAUACGUGGGUUCUUGUGUCACCGAAAACAAGAUUUACUUAUAAAUUAAAGUUGUCGUAUAGUGUUAACCAUCAUUGCCUUGUACAUAGUUUCUUUCGAGUUUAGUGCCUUAGUGGCAGAAUUUUAAAAAUGAUCGCAUCAAUAAUCUUGACAUUUUUGGGGGGCAGAUAAUGUACAUGGAUAUGAAGCUAGUUUCGUCGUCAUAUGAAAAAAUAGGUACGCUGUAACGUACAUAUGGCGUUCCGUUCCGGUCAAAAUUAGUUAUAUUUAUAACAUUUAGAUAUAACACCGUCGCAAUAUGUUGUAACUCUCGAAAUAAAAUAGAACCGCACAAAAAUAAAUCGAACUCGCACAAAAAUAAUUCAAAAGGAAACGCACGAAAAUAAAUGGAAACGAAACGGAAGUGAACACAAAAACAAAUCGAAAGGAAACGGAAGUCGCUGACUAAAUAUGCGGGUUUGGUGAAAAAUGCGGAUACGGAUUGCGGAUAAUUUUUUUAUUUCAUAAUUAUAUAAUUAUAUAUAUUUUUAUUUCAUAAUUAUACACGCAUAUAUAUUAUGUUGUCAGUCGUCAGGCUUAUUAUUGUGGUUUAUUUGAAAUUAUUUAGUUCUAUAUUAUUUAGUUCUAUAUCCUGAAAAAAAGCUUUUGCCUUGUAACAGCACAGAACCCCAAGAUCCAUUGUGAAUUCAGCUCGAAUUGUUAUGCGAGGGGACCUGCAUCACACAUACCGUUUCGCCGCCCGUGUUUUACUGCGCCCUGGUUCAAUGUUGAAUGCACAGACGUAAUGUUUUCAUAUUAAUAAAGACAAGCUCGCCAGGAGGAUCACUUAUUAUACCACAACGUUUAAGCGGAUCCCCACUGCCAAAAUAUAUCACACAUUUGGACAGGUGGACAGAACACACAGAAGUGCAGCGAGUAUAAAAUGAAGGUGUUCGGCGCUGGCAACUGAUAAGGAUCCUUCAUUUAAACUUAUUUUAGAACAUACGUGAAACAAGCCGUUUCUAGGAUAAUGAAGUAUUGCGCAUACAAUUAAUAUUAAUAUUAACAUUAAUAUUAACAUUAUUAUUAAUAUUAAUAUUAACAUAUUAGCAAUUAAUAUUAACAUUUUAACUUAUCAUGCGGUUCAGAGUCGUUGUUAUGAAAUACACAAAAAUGGAAACUUUUUUCCUGUUUUGCUGGUUGUCUUAGGACAUUUUAGAAGACGACGACAGCAUUGACCCAUAAUUUCAGGUUGUGCUGACAUUCGUGUCCUAGAUCUAAAUCUACUUGUUACCUCUUGAUGACAGAAUAUUGCACAGACUGUGCGGUUUUUUGGUUUCGGUAGUUUCUAGUCGUGUCCAAUUUUGGUUUAGAUGGUUCCGGUCAUUUCCGAUUCUUGUUUCGGGCUUUAGUACAUGCCUUUUAAGGUCUAUUUUGCGAACAAUUAUGCAUGUUUCACUGGUAAAAACGCUAUACAUACGUCUACUUGAAAACGUUGCAAGCUUCCAAUCUAUAAACCCAAAGAUUUUCAUCAUUGCACAUAUAAUUUUACUGACGAAGAUGUGAGCUUCCAAGCUUGGUCAAAAAUGGUCAAAAAUCGAUCAACCUGAUAUUUUUCACAGGACUGGGUCUAAUCGCUUGUUUGGAGGGACAAAAAAAUACAAUAUGCUGAACAUGGCAUCUAGGAAGUUUUCCUACAUUCCUGAAGUUAUUUGUGCAGCCUGAAACGCAACAAUUAUAAUAAGGCAUCUUUAAAUAUAUAUUUAGCUCGCUCACUAUAACUUCUUGUCCCUCCAAACGUUCCUCCAUCCUCGUUCCCAGGGUUUCUCGGCCGCAGCCGAGAAGUCCUGGGAACGAGGAUGACGUUCCUCCAAACACAUCCUCGUUCCCAGGGCUUCUCGGCUGCCUGCGUUGCCGCAACGCGAAGCCCUGGGAACGAGGAUGCUCCAAACAUCGAUCAACUAGACCCAGUCCUCUGCUUGAUUGGGAAAUGGCUAAUUACGAGUUAUGUAUUUUUACCCACUGCGUGAUCCAUAUUUUAUCAAAAUCUAUGCAGUGUCAUCUCUGAGAUAUCUGACUAUUAACACCGCAACCUAGAUAUGCAAGUUUUUAAUUUUACUAUUCAGGAUAAUGUUGACGAGAUAAAGCAAACUCAAGCAGAAAUGAAAGCAGAUCAAAUGGAUUUCAAAGCCGAGGUAAGAAACCAAUUUGAAAGUAUGGCAGUAAUGUUACAUCAACUGUUGCAAGGAAGAAAUAUAAACAACAAUGGUGCUGAAGGUUUAGAUCCACCAGUAGUUCGAGUCAACAACCAAGACAUUAUUAUUCUUGGCGGUUAUAAUGUCCCAGGACUUCCAACUGUAUCGAAUACAGUUGAGAAAUUCAAUAUGGUAGAAGGGAAGUCGACUCUGCUACCAAAACUGAAUUACCCUCGAGCAAAUUUAGCAUCAUGUGUUUACAAUGGUAAUGUCAUCAUUACUGGCGGGCUAGAUGGUCAAGUUGGUACAGACAGCAUUGAGAUUUCAGAGAUAAACCAGGAUCCUUUGCGAUGGACGAUGUUUGAUGGUAAACUACCGCUGAAGUUAUCCGGUCAUGACGUUAUAGUUUAUCAAGGUAAACUAUACGUCAUGGGAGGAUAUAACUGGAGUGAAAAUAAAACAACGGAUAACAUCUACGAGCUGUCUAUUAUCCCGCCUUAUACUGCCAAUCUGCUGGCUAGAAUGCCUCACCCAAGAAGAAACCACAAAGCAGAGAUUGUAAAUGGCAAACUAUUUAUCUUGGGAGGAAGGGCAACAAGCUUUUGUAAAGACACCACUGAUAGCGUUGUCGUGUAUGAUUUUAUCAAGAAUGAGGUCAAGUCUUGUACAUCGUUACUCAAGCCUGUCUGGGGAAUGUCCUCAGUUACUUGGGGUAAGAUGAUCAUACUUAUUGGCGGUAAGGAUAAGCAUGACCAGGUCGUAAAUGAAGUCACCAUGUACAACACUGAAUCAGGACAAAGUCAGAACUUGCCUCCACUGAUACACAAGAGGGCCGCUUCGUCAGCAGUAAUUAUGGAUGACGUCAUUGUUGUAUUGGGAGGAUGGAAUAAGGAGGAGGGAUAUCUCAACUCAGUAGAAAGUUUUACAAUGGAAGGUGAUCAGUGGAGAGAACUGCCAGGAAUGAUGGAAAAAAGAGUUGGCGCAAAUGCUGUAGUAAAACCUCGCAACUGA